CCCUUAUCUCUAAUCUCUAUUCCCCGCCAUGAUUCGAAGAAUGCAAUGAAAUUGCUAACGGCUGCGACGCCAUUACAAUGCAUGAGAGCUGAGUAGAUAUCUAUUAGACGCCAUGAACGCCCUAAUGUCUGCUGCAUCUCCUUUUACCUCUAUUUCCAUCUUGAAGUUUCCUUCAUCCCCUCUGGUUCUCAGAAAUGGCGUCUUUAGGGCCCAAUUUUGGGGGAAAAGCUCGAGAUUUCGAGCAAGCUCGAACGGAUUGGAUAAGAAGGUGGAGGAGGAAGGUUUAGGAGACUCUGCAGAAACCAAAGUUGAAGAUGAACAAGAAAGUAAAGGGGCAAACAGCAUUUCUAAUGGAGCAGCAUCCACUACUAUCAACCCGGCACUCGAUAAAGAACUGAAAAAGGUGGUUCAGAAGACUGCUGCAACUUUCGCACCGAGGGCUUCCACUGCUUCAAAAAAUCCUGCUGUACCUGGAACUACAUUAUAUACCGUCUUUGAAGUCCAGGGCUACGUUUCAAUGUUGCUGGGAGGGGCUCUCUCUUUCAAUCUCAUAUUUCCGUCUAAUGAACCAGACAUCUGGAGACUGAUGGGAAUGUGGUCCAUCUGGAUGUUCACUAUUCCAUCCCUUCGGGCCCGAGACUGCUCAAAGAAUGAGAAAGAAGCACUCAAUUAUCUCUUUCUUCUUGUCCCACUGCUGAACAUUAUAGUCCCAUUCUUCUGGAAAUCCUUCGCUGUUGUUUGGUCAGUGGAUAUUGUGGCAUUUUUUGGAAUGUAUGCAUGGAAGCUUGGAUGGCUACAGAAAGAGUAAAGGUCCAGGGAAGAGAAGCAGCUUCUUUGUUUAUGUUAAAUGAUUAUUGGUUGGACCUGAAAUCAACUUCCAGAGCUCAUUUUUGGCCAGGACUGAAGGAUCUUGAUGAAAGAACGCAUCCUCAAUCAGAGUAAGCAUCUUAUUUUGCUAUGCACUGCUAGAUGGGGCUACAACUUGCGAGUUGCUGAGUUGAAUAUAUAUGAUUUCAGGUCUGGUCAUUCAGGGAUGCAUGGAUGCUAUGUACUUGUGUUUACUGUAUUCGUGUCUUUUCUAUAAAGUACAUAUACGCUUUUCCUGUAUAGACGGUUUAAUUUGAAAUCUCUCAUGCUAGCCAACUUUUACAAAGUGUUUAGUAUACGGUUUAAAAUCUAGCUAGAUGACAGAACUAAAAUUUAUUGUUUCCCUUUUUUGAUAUUAA